GCUUCUGCAGUCCUGCCUUUAUGUUGUCUCUCUCUCUCUGUGCUAUCUUCCUUGGUUUUACUCUUCAAGACAUCUUUGGGCUGAGGAAGGCUUAUGGAAAGAUUUACAGAUCUUCCUUGUGAAUGGUGAAAAUGCAGAAUAAAAUGUGGGCAAACAGCAGGAAUCACAGGGAAAAAAACAAGAGUUCCUGUGUCAUACUUGCUACUUCCAUAUCCUACCCGUGAUAUGCCUAAAAAGGACUUGUGGGUAGAAACCUCUGACCCAGAUCCUGCAACAGUUGUUGGCAGUGCAGGCAGCUCUGACAGUAUGAUCAGCAACAACUCCAGUUCAUCUGAAAUGAAUGACAGCGGUUAUGACUACCUAUCAGUGGAGGAGAAGGAAUGUCUUAUGUUCCUUGAAGAGACAUUAGAUUCCUUGGAUACCGAGGCCGACAGUGGGCUUUCUACUGAUGAAGCAGAAACUUCUAAGCAUCCAAGAACGUGGCCUUCAAGAGAUGUUCCUAAAGGAUUAGAUCGUGAGAAUCUCAUAAAUCAUAGACAAAUUGAAAUACAUGGCAACAAAUCUGUUUCUGAUCCUGUUGACAUUCCAAGUCCAGGCCAUCGUAGCCUUCCAAGGAACAUCACUGCCAAAAGUGUCCCAAAAACAGCCAACAUUUCCCUGGUUGAAACAAAAAGUUCUAAAUCUGAUAAUCAGAAAGAUCUUCCACAGAUAUACCUAACUUCAUGGGAGUCUCCUAAAAAUGAGACACUGGACAUAUCAAAUGAUCAGGUUCAGACAACCACGCAAUCAAAGGUUUCAGAUCUGGAAUCUAUGGUUAUUCUACCUCCUGAACCAUUUCAGGACCACAAGCAGAGUUAUUCCAAAAAAGAUCAAGAGUCACCAUUUCUUAACAAGGUCUCCCAGACAGAUGUUGAAAGUGUGUUACCUCCUCACUUUGAAGGUAGAAAGAGUGUUGACCAAGUGAAAAGUUAUGAAGCAACCCAGCAGGAACCUUCACCGGAGAAGGCAGACCUAGCAAGAGGAAACGAAGUCACUUUGAAAUCUGUGUCCCCUAAAGGAAACAAGAAGAGCUUUGAACAGAUGUUGGAUGUUCCAGAAAAUGAUAAAAAACCUACACAGGAAGAAACAUCCCUAGAUUCCAGUCCCAAACAAGGUCCCCCCACUGCUCCAAAGCCCAGAAAACUGCCACCAAAUAUUAUAUUGAAAACCAGCAGAAGUAAUGUGGUUUCAUACAACAUUGAUCCAAACCAUAAGCUGAAAGCGCUUUCUCCAGCCAAUGGCAGACCUAGAGCUGCAACUGGUGACUUUUCCAUAGAGAAGGUACAUUCUCCCCAAAAAGAACAGGAAAGAGCCAGGAGAGAAGCCCUUGAGAAGUUGGGGCUCCCACUGGAUAACGAGAAAGAUCUAGAGGACCAUGUGGCUAAAACCUCUGCUUCCUCAAAAUCAAGAGAGACAUCUAGGAUUUACAGUAGAGAGAAUGUACAUACAGAAGACAUCACUCAUAAUAAGAAACCUGACCAGAAUCCUGCCCAGAUAGGUGAGGAAGAAAUCUACGCAGGUGAUAAAAACAUCCCAGGUAUCAAACAGACAAUUUUCAAAUCCACCACACUGGAGCGUUCAGGUGUGGGUCUGAGUAGUUACAUUUGUCCUGGCACUGAGGAGCAGAACAUUAAGAACAGCAGUUCCUCUGGAAAAAUGUCCUUUUUUGAAAAGAUUACUCCCAAUUUCAUCAGGAAUACCCGGCCACGGCCAGCUUCCCUUGGCAUGGGGAAAGACUUUGUGGAUCUAAAGGAAAACAAAGUGCAUAAUGAUGAACUGGAGAAAAAUGACAAGCGAAGAUCUUACCCAUUUCAGCCUGUCUCCAUGUUGCCCAGGCCACCUUGCACCAGUGUAAAAUUCACCCCAAAGGGAGUUGCUGAGGAGCACAGAAGGGAGGCUCUUAAAAAACUUGGCCUAUUGAAGGAAUAAGCUGAUAAGGCAAAGAAUUUGUGUUCAUAUGUGGAUAAUGAGGGGUUUUUUUUUGCUUGUUGUCUUCUCAUUGGUUAUCUGAAAUGGGAGGCAUUGUAGCAUUGGCUGUGUGUAUAGAGGUUUUGCCUGGUGGGUUUUCAGGCUUGAUGAGUUUAUUCACCUUCUGUAGAAGUAUGUCUAGACUGUACUUUACACCAAUUAGAAGUGCCUCACCUGUAUAAGAUGUGUGCUUGUAUAUAAAGGCAUGCGUAUUUGUAUAUAAUAAAUAUAUAUUAUUAAUGGGAAAGAGGAAAUGUUUUGUAAUUACUAGGGCAUAUAAUGAUAUUUGGACAUAUACAGAGGCUUAUAUCAUGAUGAUGGCCAUGUGGUUAGGAAGCUUUAGCCAAGACUGAAUUGCAGUUAUAGUUUUUUGAAGGCUCCUUUUGAAAUAUAUGGCACUAAAACAAUAUGUUGCAUAAACGGAAACCAGAAGAUGAGCCAUGCUCUAACUAUUUAUUAUUUAAUAAAUUGGCAAGAAUGUGUUAGGUAUAAAUCUUAGGCUUUAAUUUGCAAAAUAAGAAGUACAGUAUUUAGUAGUUCACUUACUAGCAAAUGGUUAGCUAAGAACUUUAAAAAAUGAUAUUAAAGUUGAUUUUGAUCUAUUUUAGCUUACAGACAUGCUUUAUAUGAAGAAACUAAUGCUGAAUGUUAAUUUAAAAUCGAAAAAAUCUUUUUAGAAUGACAGGUGAGAAUGUGUGUUUUAAAAUGAUUGAAUAAUAAACUGUUUUAUAUGGGAAAAUGUUUCACAUUUCUUGGUUAUAAGUUGAAAAAAGUCAAAUAGGGCAAUGAGAACUAGAUGUGGGACAUACCGACAUUAUCAUGGUAAUCUCAAUUGAAGAGUAGUCAUAUCCUGUCAUUGCUGUCUCUAGAAAGUUUUAUAACUGACAUUUGACU